UUGUCCCUGGCGCCUCACGUCUUUCAAGUUUCGAGCUUCGAGUCUAGAGAGAGAAAGAAAGAAACUCUAUAGAGAGAGAGAGAGAGAGCUCAUGCGUGUUCCCUGGCUCUGCGGUUGAACUGAACACGCUGAUACUCCCGAGGCUCGACCUGCACGCCUUCUUCGCCGGAAAUGACGGUAUUCGGCCACUCCGGCGGCGGUUUCCUCGCCGGUAAACAGGUCUUCCCGGUCGACUACGAAGCAGAGGUCUCGCAGCGUCUCCUCGAAGCCUGCCUCUCCGGCGAUCUCAAAUCGGCGUCCGAGUGUAUGGCCGAUCCGUUCGUCGACGUGAACUUCGUCGGCGCCGUGUGCCUGAAGGUCAAGAAGACUGAAGUCAUGCUGCGUGAUGAGUCCGCGAGCGAGGUUCGGGUGGAGUACGAGGAGUUCAAGACCGAUGUCACGCCGUUGUUCCUCGCCGUCCAUGCCGGAAAUGUGACUCUCGUGAGGAAACUGCUGAGCGUUGGGGCUGAUGUGAACCAGAAACUGUUCAAGGGCUUUGCAAUAACAGCAGCAGUUAGAGAGGGCCAUGUUGAGAUCUUGGAGAUCUUACUUAAAGCUGGGGCAUCUCAGCCAGGUUGUGAGGAGGCUCUGUUGGAGGCAUGCUGUCACGGGCAAGCACAACUUGCCAAGCUGCUUAUGGACUCUGAUUUAAUUCGGCCCCAUAUUUCUGUGCAUGCUCUUGUCAUUGCAUGUUGUAGAGGGUUCGUGGAGGUGGUGGGUGCUCUCAUGAAGUGUGGAGUGGAUGUUGGUGCAACUGACAGGGUUCUGCUAAGGUCUUCCAAGCCUUCUUUGCACACAAAUGUUGACUGUACUGCUCUUGCUGCUGCUGUUGUUAGUAGACAGGUCUCUGUUGUCCGUCUGCUGUUACAGGCAGGUGCUCGGACUGAUGUCGAAGUGAGGCUGGGGGCAUGGUCAUGGGAUGCAGCAUCAGGGGAAGAGUUCCGAGUGGGUGCAGGACUAGCAGAACCAUAUGCCAUCACCUGGUGUGCUGUGGAGUAUUUUGAUGCCACUGGUGCUAUUCUGCAGAUGCUCCUCCAGCAUCAUCCCCCCAAUACCCCUUACUGUGGAAGAACCCUCCUCCACCAUGCAAUCCUCUGUGGUAAUGAAGGAGCUGUGAAGGUGCUGUUGACCUGUGGUGCACAUGUAGAAUGUCCUGUUAAAACAAACUGGAAAAUUGAAUUUCGUCCAAUACACUUGGCUGCUCGCUUUGGGUUUUACAUGAUCCUUCAAACUCUAAUUGAGUUCCGAUGUGAUCUAAAUUCUAAGACAGAUACUGGUGACACAGCCCUCACAAUUUGUGCAAAGCACAGGUGGGAAGAGUGCCUUCGUAUAUUGGCUGCAGCUGUUGCUGAUUUUGGCUUGGUCAAUGUUUCUGGGCAAUCGGCAAGUUCAAUUGCGGGGUCAAAUGGGUGGUCCAUCGGGUUUCAGAAUGCAAUACUAGGUGUAAUUAGGUCUGGAAAGGUUCCUAGGUCAAGCAAUGCCUCUGUGUUCUCUCCUCUCAUGUUCGUAGCUCGAGCAGGUGAUACUGAGGCUUUGGAGGCUCUAAUCGGUAGGGCAGACAUCAGUAUUGACUAUCAAGAUGAAAGUGGUUUUUCACCAGUCAUGGUUGCUGCCUUGGCAGGUCAUGUGGAGGCUUUCAGGGUGCUUGUCUAUGCAGGUGCUGAUGUAAAGCUGUGUAAUAAAUCCGGUGAUACUGCAAUUACCCUGUCCCAAUCAAACCAGAAUCGGGACCAAUUUGAGAAGGUAAUGCUAGAGUUUGCUCUUGAAAGAGGCAACCGGAAUGCAGGAGGUUUUUAUGCUCUGCAUUGUGCAGCACGUCGUGGAGACUUAGCUGCGGUUCGGUUGUUGACCAGUAAGGGCUAUGAUGUAAAUGUUUGUGAUGGGAAUGGAUACACGCCACUUAUGUUAGCUGCAAGGGAAGGUCAUGGACUUGUGUGUGAGCUUCUGAUCUCAUAUGGAGCUCACUGCAACAUCAAAAAUUCCAAGGGCGAAACAGCACUCUCCCUUGCAAGGAUGAACAGUAGCAUUAGAAAUGAUGCAGAAAAUGUCAUACUUGACGAACUUGCUCGGAGGCUCGUCUUGCAGGGUGGCUAUGUGCAGAAGCACACCAAGGGAGGAAAAGGAGCUCCGCAUGGGAAAGAAAUGAAGAUGAUUGGGGGAGAGGGUGUUUUGCGAUGGGGCAAAUCAGGCCAGAGAAACGUGAUGUGCCGCGAGGCCAAGGUGGGGCCAAGCCCGGGAUUUAGGAGGAAUAGGCAGAAGAAGGGGGAUGCUGAUGAGCCCGGGGUGUUUCGGGUGGUGACGACCAGGAACAAGGAGGUGCAUUUUGUGGGCGAGGGAGGGCUGGAAGCAGCGGAGCUGUGGGUGAGGGGAAUACUGCUUGUGAUGAGGGAGGCAUCCAGUGCUAAGAAGAGGGAAGAUGAGAAAUGGUAGGUGAAAUGACAAUUGAGGGUUUUGUGUAGGAUGUAUAGAGUUAGGUGCUAGCAGUGUACUUCACCUUGAAGUACUUGGAGCUUUUCUUCCCCUAUGUAAAGAUUUUGAUCCAGUAGUUGUAUAAAUGUUUGUUUGUUUUGUUUCUUCCUCUUACAUAAAGAAGAAAGAAGAAAAAUGAGAAACCAGUUGACGGAAA